AUGACGACCAACGUAGCUCUCGAGACCUCCAUGGGCACGAUAACAGUCGAACUCUACACCAACCACGCGCCACGCACCUGCACGAACUUCCGCACGCUCUGCCAGCGCGGCUACUACGACAACGUGAUCUUCCACCGCGUGAUCGCGAACUUCAUGGCGCAGACGGGGGACCCGACGGGCACGGGCCGCGGGGGAACCUCCAUCUACGGCGACAAGUUCGCCGACGAGAUCGCGCCCGACCUGCGGCACACGGGCGCCGGCGUCCUCAGCAUGGCCAACGCGGGAAAGGACACCAACGGCUCCCAGUUUUUUUUGACUCUGGCCCCGACCCCCUGGCUCGACGGCAAGCACACCAUCUUCGGCCGCGUCAAGAGCGGCUUGAGCGUGCUGAAGCGCAUGGGCAUGGUGAAGACGGAUGCGGACGAUAGGCCCGUUGAAGAGGUUAAAAUUAUCAAGGCGAGGGUUCUUGAUGACGAGGAGGUAGUCUAA